AUGACCCUGACUUGUCUUAUCGAAGAUAUCGGAGGGAAGAGCGACAAAGCGAGCGCUGCCUCGGCGAAUCAGCUCUUAAGAAGUGGCACGGGUAAAGCAAGUCCUUAUCAGAUACGGGAGAAAUUCCCCGACUUAGUGAAUGUCACUCAUGAUGUUCAACUCGGUGAAAGCGAAUCAUCGGAUAUUAAACAACAUGGAGUCCUAAAAAAGACAUUGAACCUCCUUCUCUCUUCCGGGGUAGAGCUACGUGGGGUGGAACCAGUUCCACCAGAGUUACGUACAGACUCGGCGUUUAAUAAAAUCUUUACUAUGUGGUGCACCAGCCUGCUGUGUCCACUGCCACUCGUUACUGGGAUGGUAGGCACAUUGUCUUUUGGCAUCAACCUACGCGAUACAUCGCUCCUUGUGCUUUUUCUAUCGCUCUUGAUGUGUGUUCCACCUGCGUAUAUUGUAACGAUUUCCCCACAGACUGGAAUGCGCCAGAUGAUUCAAGCCCGGUAUAGCUUCGGCCUGUACCCCAAUAUUCUUGUCGCUCUGCUCAACAUGAUGACGCUGUGUGGCUAUAACAUCAUUUGCUUGGUGACUGCUGGUCAGACUCUUGCGGCAGUUUCUGGCGACACCAUAAGUCAGACAGUCGGAAUUGUGAUAGUUGGUGUUCUCUCUAUGCUUCCCGCCUUUGGUGGAUUUCAGGUACUUCAUCAUUAUGAGCGAUGGGCGUGGAUUCCUGCGUUCAUCGCCAUUGUCAUCACCAUUGGCUCCGGCGGAUCAAAGUUGAAGGAGCAAGUCCAGACGGCUCCUUCAGAUGCGCCAACUAUCUUCACCUUUAUUUCCUUGAUUGCUGGUUACUUUCUCCCUUACAGUACCACUGUAGGUGAUACAGCAGUCUACUUAGGGCCAAAUGCUCCAAAGUGGCGCAUCUUCGUCUACUGCUGGAUGGGUAUUUGCCUGCCUUCCAUUCUACUCAUGAUUGUCGGCGCUGCCAUCGGUGGUGCUGUACCGAACAUCCCAAGUUGGUCCGAUGCUAAUGACCGUGAUUCAGUGGGAGGAAUCUUGGUAGCCAUGCUCCAACCACUGGGUGGAUUCGGCAAGUUUGUUGCUGUCCUCUUGUCUCUUAGUGUCAUUGCGCAGAUUGCGCCAGGAUUUUACUCCGUCUCGCUUAGCUUUCAAGUAAUGUGGCCUAAGUUUACAGUUGUUCCCCGCAUUAUCUUUGUGAUUGUUGUAACAGCCGUGGACAUCGGAGUUGGGAUAAAAGCCGCAGAAUCGUUCUUUAACUCUCUGGAAGAUUUCCUGGGAAUCAUCGGUUACUGGAGUGCAGCAUUCACCGGUAUUCUGCUGACGGAAUGGUUCGUGUUUCGAAAAGGAAGAGCAUCAUCAUUCGAUCCUAGGAUUUGGAACAACGUUCGAGAGUUGCCACCAGGCCUAGCAGCACUCACUUCCUUUGUAUUACCAUUUGGACUCGUGGUGCCCUCGAUGGAUCAAGUCUGGUACGUGGGCCCAAUUGCAAAGGUUACUGGAGAUUUGGCUUUCGAGUUUGCUUUGGUGCUCGCGAUUCUACUAUAUCUACCUCUACGUUCCUUGGAGAUCAAAUGGUCAGGACGCCCCAUGAACAACAUGCCAACAGCGCUUGUGGAAUCGCACCCGUUUUAUCAGACCUCCAAAGCAGCUGGAUAUCACCGACGUAUUGGUUGGGGCACAAAACCUGCUCUAAUUCUAAUUGAUGUUUGCCGUGCCUAUUGGGCAGAAGCAUCACCUCUCUCAUUACUUUCCAACCCUUCCGGCGCAAAUUCUCCGAAUAGCAUGACCCGCCUGUUGAAGGCCGCACGGGAAGGGGGCAUACCAGUGAUAUGGUUACAAGUUCGCUACAAUCACCCAGAUAUGGUUGAUGGGGUGAUUCAAUUCAAAAAGUCUCCUGGAAUAUCGAUAUGGCAGGAGGGCGACGCACGAGGAAUGGACGCAUGGAUGCCUGGUCUGGUUCCAGACUGGGAAAACGAGACUGUCGUACUAAAAAAGAACCCCAGCGGAUUUUUAGCAACCAAUUUGCUUAGCCAGUUGAACGCUCUAGGUGUGGACACGAUUGUACUUUGCGGUGUUAGUACGAGUGGUUGCGUUAGGGCCACGGCAAUUGAUGCAUGCGGGUAUGGGUUUCGAUGUCUGGUUGUCGAAGAAGCCAGCGGGGAUAGAAGCGUUGAAAUCCAAAGGGCUACUCUUUUUGACCUGGAUUCAAGGUUUGUUGAUGUCAUUAAUGAGCCGGAGGCUAUCGAUCAGAUGAAACGAGGAUGGAAAUGA